GAUCGUAGUUUUGUCAGGCGGUUCAGCGCAUAAUCGCACAAUAAUGCAUUCUCCACUCUGUGUGUCAAUCCUCGUGAAGAUUUUUAUGAUUUCCGCAAGAGCAUCAGCCCUCAACCUCGAAGGGGAACUUUUCAAGGACUUAAUGAAAGGGUACAACAAGAACGUGCGGCCCGUGGAGAAUACUGGGGAUGUCACUCAGGUGGGCAUUAAAAUGACCCUUACCAACCUCAUCUCCCUGAAUGAAAAGGAGGAAGUCCUGACGACUAGUGUUUGGAUCGAAAUGAAAUGGUGCGACUACAGGCUCAGGUGGGACAGACUGCCCAGGUCAUCUUUAUAUAAGAACAUCACGUCGCAGCUACGUGUCCCCUCCAAACAUAUCUGGCUUCCCGACAUUAUCCUGGAGAACAAUGUUGAUGGACAAUUCGAAGUAGCUCUGUACUGCAACGCGCUGGUGUCUCCUGACGGCUGCGUGUACUGGUUGCCUCCCGCUAUCUACCGCAGCGCCUGUGCCAUCACUGUCAACUAUUUCCCCUUCGACUGGCAGAAUUGUACCAUGGUGUUCCGCUCCCAGACCUACAGUGCCAAUGAGAUUGAACUUGUUCUGAAAAAGGAGGAAAACCAAACUCUGGAGUGGGUUGAUAUUGACCCCGAGGCUUUUACAGAAAAUGGAGAAUGGGUCAUUAAACACAGGCCAGCGAAGAAGGUGAUUAACAACCAGUACACCAAGGAUGACCUGGAAUACCAAGAGUUGGUCUAUUUCCUCAUCAUCCAGAGAAAGCCCCUCUUCUACAUCAUCAACAUCAUCGUUCCUUGCGUGCUCUUUUCUUCUCUCUGCCUGCUGGUUUAUUACCUACCCGCCAAAGCCGGUGGUCAGAAAUGUACCAUGUCUAUUGCCACUCUUCUUGGCCAAACUGUGUUCCUCCUCCUCAUUGCCAGAAAGGUUCCGGAGACAUCCAAGGCGGUUCCUCUUAUUGUAAAGUAUCUCAUGUUCGUGAUGUCUGUGACAACCAUGGUGGUGAUGAACUGUGUGAUCAAUCUCAAUGUCUCCCUGAGAACUCCAAACACUCACGUGAUGUCGGACAAAGUCAGAAAGAUAUUUCUGAACGUUCUGCCUCAGCUGCUGAGGAUGCACAUGCAGCCCUGGAUGCCAGAUCACGACACCUCCGCUAAAACCGUCAAUGGUGACACUCAAGUCAACGAUAGCAACAAAGUACACCUGGUCCCAUGCCGGCGCCACAGCUCGAUGAUGUUGAUUAAUAAGGCGGAGGAAUAUAAACUGAAAACAGCUCGGACUGAACUCAUGUUUGCCCGACUCAGAGAGAGAAACGGACUUAUGAAGUCAGUGUUUGAGACGUUGAACAAAGGCCUCGAAGGGGUAACGGCAGAGCAACUGAGUGUGAGCCUGGCCAAAGCUGCCCCUGAACUCAAGCAAUGUGUCACUUCGUGUACACAAAUCGCUGAGAUGACAAAACAGGACAACAACUUUCAAAACGAGAAUGAAGAGUGGAUUCGGGUUGCUCGGGUCAUUGACAGGGUCUGCUUCAUUUUCAUGGCUCUGCUCUUUUUUGUCGGGACCAUUGCGAUCUUCCUGUUGGGCCACUUCAACCAGCCUCCUUCUCAUCCCUUCUUGGGGGAUCCCAAGAAGUACCUUCCCAUAACCAACAAUCUCACGGAGGUACUCGAUACCAGGCCGUGAG